AUGAAGGAUGCUUUGUUGGCACUUGGAGCCAGAGCUAUGUUCUUAGCGCAUGGACUCCUCGCUGUCUGGAAAUGCCAGCAUCGUUACAAAACCACUUUCAUGUUCAUUCUUCUUGCUCCCGUCUUAACCCUCUUCGGCGAGGCGCUUUUCACGAUCGCCAUUCGCGGCGGCCAAGAAUACCGAUUCAUCUCUCCUUGCAUUGCUUUGUAUCUCGGCUCUGUCGUCCCAGCGAUCUGGUUUCUCGAGCUGAAAUCGUACGAAGAAAGACUAGACCGGCACCUGUGCCAAGACACGAGAGCCUGGCUCAAGCUAUCGAACGAGUCUUCAAAUGCCGGCUGCGAGUUUCGAUUUGCGCCAGAAGUCCGAUACGAUUUCGCCAUUGAAAACACCUUGAAACUGUACCAAGAAGAAUACGACAAAUACGUCAACUCUCUGCUUUCCGGAAAAGAAAACAACAAUACCGCUGGCCAGGUUGGAUUGCUGGGCGAAGACAAAAUGAGGGAAUACAUAAGCGACUUGGUCGACGAGGACUGUGCUUUUCCGGAAAUGCUUACGGAGAUAAACCCUGUCACUGGGCAAACUAUGUGGCAAAAACAAGGAGAAUGCAUCACCAAUAAUUCCUACAGUGACCAAUCGCUGAAAAGUACAUUUCAAUGGCAGAAAAAAGUACUGGAGCGAGCCUGUAGGCUUCAAUACGCCUGUGAAUACAACACAACAGCCGAAUGUUUCUCAGAAAACGAAGUCGUUAAAAGAAAGAUGAAAUUGGAAAGGCAGAACAAAGGAAAAACAAACACUGGCGACGACUUCGAAGUGAAUGAUGAAACAGCGAAAAUGGCAGAAGAGCAGGCAAACCUGAUUUCUGAUAAUUUGGACAAAUGGAUCAACCGAAACAUUCCGAUUUUCAACUCCGAUGAUGCCUGGAUCAACAUCCUCCAUCAGCUCAUUUUGUUCAUCAUCAUCAUCGGUCGCUGGAUGUUGCCAAAGGCCAAGGGCGUAACGCGCGAUCAGCUCUCGCAGAUUCUUUUGAUUUUUAUUGGCGUCGGUGCGGACAUUCUCGAGUUUGUCACCGAAACCAUCAAGGAAAUGGAAGUGCGAUGCGAAGUGAGCGUCAUUUUGAUCAUGUUGGGGCUUUGGUCCUGGUCUUUGGUACAGUUCAUUCUCGUCGUUACAGGGACAACAAAAGCAAGGACGAAAAUGACGGAGAUUUAUGGUUCGCAGGGUGGCAGUCCCGUUAUGGUGAUCGAAGAAGAAGUGGAAAUGACCGCGUGGGAAUCUUUCUGGUCCAACCCAGAAGUGUGGAGUAUUCUGACCACAGUUGUUCUCCAGGAUGGGCCCUUUCUCUCAAUGAGAAUGUACAUUAUCUUUGGAAGGAAUGUCGUGCAUCCGACGAUCUUGUUUUUCACCAUCAAAAAUGGACUCGUGUUGAUGCUGGAAACUUAUCGAUUGGCCGUCAUCGCCACGACAAAGGAAGGCGAGGGCGAAGAAGGAGAAGAAGAGGAAGACGAGGACAUCCUCGAAGAUGAUGAUAUGCCGCUACAAAAAGCACCCAAAAAGUCGAAAAAAUCAGACGUGAGAAAAUUUUGUUCUGACAUCGAAAAGAGCUUUUUCAGGUAA